AUGGAAGAUAAUAAAGAUUAUGAAGAAGAACGAGAGAAGUUGAUUGAGGUUGAACUAGCCCAACGAAUAGUCAAUCAUCUCUUACCCAAAGAAAAUGUCAAAGUAAAACAUUCUCCUAUGUUUACUGCUACCAAAACUUUACGAACCAAAGAAGGUAAAUCGGUUCACGGUGCUAUUGCUGGCAAAACCGAAGGAGGAGGAUUUUUACCAACUACUACUCAUGAAAAAAUUUAUGAAAAGUUUUAUAAAGAAGGAGUAAAAGUUUUUAGUAAAGAAGUAGAAGAAAGAUUUGCCGAAAUAUUAACUGAAUUCCGAGCCGAAGUAGAUAAACAAAAAGCCUUAGAACGACCCGAAGAAGACCGACAAGAAGCCCAAGCAAGGAUUAAUGAAAUCUACCAGCAAAUCAAAACGAUUAUUCAACAGUUAAUCACCGAAGAGGAAGAAGAACCCUUAACGAUUGAAUGA